CCGUGCAGUCGCCCCCGUUCUCGGAAGGCGCGCUCUCGGCCUGCCCACCGAAAAUCGCUGCUGAGCUCAUCGCGCGGCAGGCCGGCACCGUUACGGCAGCGACAGCUAUCACUGCUGGUGGCGGCGCGGGCGACUGAGUGAGGAGCGAAAAUGAAAACGUGCAUGCUUCUCGGUGCCUGCCUUCUGGCGACGGGUAUAACUUCCGCAGAGGGUGCCCCACAGAAAAAUGGAACCGCUGCGACCGAUUCUGGCGCCGCCGUGGAGGUGUAUGGCUGCAUGUGUGUGCCCGAAGACGAAUGCAAGGAUGACACUGUCGAGGAGAAGCCGCCUCAGGCGGGUGCAAGAAAGAACGAAUGCGGCCCAGAGCAAGUGUGCUGCUUCCACUUGAUCGUGCGCACAGAGAAGACGGUGGAGACCCACUCCUACCUGUUUCCGCAGCCGGAACCCCAGAAUGCACUCGCCCAGAAAGGGGAAUUCCCGUGGCAGGCGAUGCUAUUUUCAACUGAAGAGGAAUUCCUCUGUUCAGGCGUAGUCAUAAGCCCCAAGAACGUCCUAAGCACCGCAGACUGCGUACAUAAGUUUCAAGGUGACCAAGCUUCGAAACUCUUUGUUCGUCUUGGUGUCCUGGACCGCAGCAUCUUCGAAAACUCUCCUAUUCAUCAAAACUACACUGUGGACAAGGUCAUUGUGCACCCGAAGUUCAGGUCAGCGCAGAUACGCAACGUGGCCGUCCUCAAGCUGCGGGAAGAAGUGGCCACCACACCGACCAUUGGACGCGUGGUGCUGGCCGAGCCCGAGGAGGGCUCUGUGGGCGCCAGUGCUUGCGUGAUCAGCGGAUGGGGAAAGAACCUCAAACGCGGCUCUCUGUCUUCGGUGCUUACGAAGGCCAACGUUAGCAUCGUGGAGAAAGCGCCCUGCCAAGAUGCGCUCAGGAAGACCAAGCUGGGCCCAUCGUUCAAGCUCGACGAAGGCUCUAUGUGCGUCGCCGGAGAGGGUGGAGCGGCUGCCUGCCAGGGAGACGACGGUGGGCCCCUGGUGUGCAAGCGCAACAGCGAGGGACGCCCCAUGCUCGUGGGUCUGGUCUCGUACGGCGACCUGCCCUGCGGUCAACUGGGAGUGCCAGCAGUCUACGCGGAUGUGACCCAAAACAUGGACUUUAUCACUGAGGCGACGGGUCUGCCUCGAGAGCGCUUCACGAAAGCAUAGAGGGCACGGGAAAAGAAGAAAAGAGGUCAACGGGUUGAUGCUGAUUUGUAGUUUACAACAAUGUGUAUGGUGCCGAGCAUCGAAGCACACGGAUGGAUGACAUCGGGACUGGUUCUUGGACUACCUGAGAAUUACUACACUACGUACUGUACAAAGGUUGCACUGACAUACCUAGCGUGAAUGUACGCUCGACAUUGUGGCAUAAAUGCUGGAAAUCUGUACGCAGGACAAGGGGUGUUACCGUUGUCAAACACAUUUCAGUUACCUUCGAUAAGCGGACGAUGGUGUACAUCCUGUUGAACUAAUUAACAGGCGCAUGUUGAGUUACCCCAACUUCAUAUGUGUAGCACAUUUCUCCUGAUCAUGUAAAAAUGCUGAUGGUAACACAUUUAAUGAAAUGGUUGACAAUAAGUAUAAAUUUAGCUGCUGCCAUCACCCAUCUGUGUUUUGGUUCAGUAGCCAAUAGAAAAAUAGAAAACAUCAUUGCAGUAGUCGUGCUGUCACUUACAGCCUACUGUGGAAAGUUCAAGCGAAACCUUAAGAGGAAGCUUUAGCUCUAGUGAUCCUUUCUAAAUACAUGUAAAAGGAGAAUUCCCUUUUCUCGGCAACCACUGCGCCAAAUUUGAAGAAGUUUGUUGCAUUUAAAAUAAAACUGCAAAUCUUGUGAUUUUGGCUUUGAACUUUUAUUUAGGCCAUAAAUUUUUUAUAAAUAAGCGGCAAAAAUAGAAAAUUUUCAGAAAAUGAAACUAUCGAGUUUAUAACUGUGUAACUCAGCAAUGAAAAGUGAUAUGACAAUGGUAUGAAUUGCAUCUAAUAAUACAUUUAAAGCGGAAGAAAUUUAUUUGUUGGACACCGAAUCUAGAAAACUCUUCUAAUAGGAAAAUACCGCUUUCGCAGAACCCUCGUAGACAACGUAACUUCUUGUAACAUAUAAAAUGACAUAACAAAUUUGUCCACUUUCAAUGGUCUAAAGGAUGCCGUUGACACCACCGCGAUACCUCUUCAUUCAGAGCCAUAAAUUUGGAAACUUCGUGCGUCUAUACUUUUGAAACUUUCGAAAUUUUCAAAAUCUGUAAGAAAGUCAACCUUAAAUCAAAAUUCCGCUUCCAACAGUCACAAAUUAUUUAGCUUUCUUUCAAAUGCAACAAAUUUCGUUGAAAUAAGUCCAGGGCUUUUCCCUGAAUAAAAAGUUUUUGCGUUUUACAUGUCGGAGCCGCGUCGGAGUUUGGCUCGAGCUAAAGCUUCCUCUUAAGUUCAUGGGCGCUUUCCACAGAGCACCAAAGAGUUGAUUGCACAUGAACUCUUACGUAGAAUGAACGCAAUCUAACAUUCUGUGAGCCAGAUGAAGCCAAAUAUAUGUAGCAUAUGAACACUUCUAGUAUACCACAGAAUGUUACCUUAACACUUUUUGACUGCGGCAUUUACUCAACCCUGCGGCAGGGUGUCGGUGCCUGAAAUAAGUAAAGCUAAAGUCCGAAAGAUGGACUCAAAAUCAAUUACCUGAAAUCUGAACCAAGGCCUUCGUUCUGACCGAGAUAAGACAAAAAUAAAUUCCUCUUGAAUUAUUAGCUAUAAUUUUGGCGUGACGAUCGCAAUAAAAUAAAAUGCACAGAUACCAGUUAGUGACGACUUCUGCCUAAUUGUCCACAGGUAUUUAUAAAAAAGGCUAUUAAUGAUGCGUUUAAGAAAUGCAGUUUCUACGAUAGCACUUUACCAUAUCUGUGUAUGUCCUGUGAGACAAGGUAUACAUUUUCGUUUUACUUAUCUUUUAUGCAUUUACAUCCAGUAACCUCACUGUAAAUGACAUUCAUGUGUGGGGCUGCGCUCUCUUUUUUUAAAAGGUGCAAAUUCUUUUAGACCAUGGCUGUCUAUCACACCAUUCACCACUUCAUAAGUAGUUGAUUUUUCUUUCGACAACAAAACAUUGCACUUAGCAUCUUUAUUUCUAAUAGUUAACGUGGUGUUUUGCCGUAUUCUAUUUUCAUGAAUGGAAAUAUCAGCGCAAUGCAUUCUUGCGCAUAUGGUAUGCAUGUUGAAAGCAAAAUAGGGAGGAGAUUUUCAUUACAUUUGCUAUUUGCAUUGACAGUGAAUUGAUGAUAAGCAUUUUAUCUUUAAUUGUUAUACAUACAGAUACAUUGAUUUUA